UCCUACUUUUAAAAUCACAUUCUCCAUGGACGCGGCCAUAUUUGUGUAGUUCCAGAAGCAUCCUUGGCGAUCAUCCAUCGCGCUAUUGAAUCGGACAACAUCUGAUUUAUUAAACUUUCAAAAUGCCUCAGGUUGGAGCUUAUGGAGGAGGAGGUGAUAAUGUCAGCCGAUCGGAGUACAAAGAUAAAGAUAAACCCACCCAAAUUCGAUACAGCAAUAUAACUGCCGGCAAAGCUGUUGCUGAUGCUAUUCGAACAAGCUUAGGACCCAGAGGCAUGGAUAAAAUGAUUCAAGCUGCCAAUGGAGAUGUUACAAUUACUAAUGAUGGUGCAACAAUUCUUAAACAGAUGCAAGUCCUUCAUCCUGCUGCCAAAAUGCUAGUAGAGUUAUCGAAGGCUCAAGACAUUGAAGCUGGAGAUGGCACUACUUCUGUUGUUGUGUUGGCAGGAAGUUUUCUGGAUGCUAGUGCUAAUUUGUUAGCCAGAGGCAUUCACCCAACUGUGAUAUCUGAAGCUUUUCAAAGAGCUGCUGUAAAAUCAACAGAAAUUCUAGAAUCAAUGGUUACACCUCUUGAUCUUUCUGAUAGAGAAUCAUUAUUGAAAAGUGCUUCCACAUCUCUCAACUCUAAGGUUGUAUCCCAGUACUCAUCAAUUUUAUCACCUAUUGCUGUUGACGCAGUUAUGAAAGUAAUCGAUCCAAUAACAGCUAAAAAUGUUGAUCUUAAGGAUAUAAAGAUUGUAAAGAAAUUGGGGGGCACUGUUGAAGAUACAGAACUUAUUGAAGGUUUGGUGUUCAGCAGUAAGACAUUAAGCGCAGGUGGUCCUACCAAAGUAGAAAAAGCUAAAGUUGGUCUUAUUCAAUUCUGUAUUUCUCCACCCAAGACUGAUAUGGAUAAUCAAGUUAUAGUGUCUGAUUACACUCAGAUGGACAGAGUGCUUCGAGAAGAGAGAGCCUAUAUUCUGGAAAUUGUCAAAAAAAUUAAAAAAGCAGGAUGUAAUGUUCUUCUCAUUCAGAAAUCUAUUUUAAGGGAUGCUGUUUCAGACCUAGCCCUUCAUUUUCUAGCGAAGAUGAAAAUUUUAGUUGUUAAAGAUGUAGAAAGGGAAGAUGUUGAAUUUGUGUGUAAGACUUUGGGUUGCCGUCCUAUUGCAAGUGUUGACCACUUUUUGCCUGAGUAUUUGGGUACUGCAGAGCUUGUUGAAGAAGUUCAAGCUGGUAGUGGCAAGAUUGUAAAGAUUACAGGUAUUGCUAAUCCUGGGCAGACAGUUACAGUUUUAAUACGUGGCUCUAACAAGCUGGUCUUGGAAGAAGCUGAUAGAUCUUUGCAUGAUGCUUUGUGUGUUAUUAGGUGUCUUGUUAAGAAAAGAGCUCUGAUAGCUGGUGGAGGAGCUCCUGAAAUUGAACUGUCUCUGAAACUUAUGGAGUAUGCUAACACAUUGACAGGCAUUGAACAAUACUGCUUCCGUGCCUUUGCUGAAGCUUUAGAAGUUAUUCCAUUUACUUUGGCUGAAAAUGCUGGUUUAAACCCUAUAGCAACUGUUACAGAGCUGAGGACAAGACAUGCAAGAGGAGAAAGGACAGCUGGCAUCAAUGUUAGAAAGGGCGCCAUUACCAACAUCUUAGAAGAAAGUGUAGUUCAGCCAAUUUUAGUUACUGUCAGUGCGAUCAAUUUGGCUGCUGAAACUGUGCGUAGCAUUUUGAAGAUUGAUGACAUAGUAACUUGCUUGAAUUUAAGUGAUCUGUAUGUGCAAGAUAAGAUUAACAAAGCUAAGAAUGCGAUUGAUGAGGGAAGUUAACUGUGUUAGGAAUUGAUCCAUUGUAUCAAGCAAGAAAUUUGAAAUUACUUUGCUGCUACUAUCAUCUGGAUUGUAUAUUUUUAAUUUUUUUUAUUCUUAUUAUAUUUUAAUUGCCCAUAUUGAUAGUGAUAAACUUCUUAAACUUAUUCAUCUCACUCAUACAUUCAGUCUGUCUGGUUGAGACUUUUGAUAUUUUGUUUGGUUUGUAAUAAAAGAAAUUUAAAAAACAAAA